AUGACGUGCAAUGGUGAAUCAAUUUGCAACAUCUGCUGUCGGAGAGGUUCUCCUGAUGUGUCAAAACUUUUAUCAGAACUUCAGGCAACUACGCAACCUGUCAAAAAAAGUGAACAAACUCAUUCCGUGACUCUGCCAAGGUAUUUAACGACAGUCUUAGAUACAGAUGGUAUUGGAAGGACUCCACAAUCAAAUCAGGCCCGUCAUAUUAUCCGCGUUGUAACUGCUUUCAUAAAAGAAUUAAUGAAAGCUGUUGGAGAAGCUGACCCACAUUUCGCUUGUGAAGUCACCUUAUCAGGGGGUAAUGCUGAAUCCUGCAAAGUUGGGGAGCCCAACGAGUUCGACUUCAUGUUCUAUUUGCCAUCCUUAGCUGAACACUUUGCACCAUUCUAUACCCCUGACGACACGCCAGGCUACUGCAAAGUUGCAUUUAAAAAAGGCAAGGACAGUGAACUCGUGAGAGACUUGUUAAAGGAUGGUAAAUAUCUCUUCCCGCAGAGAAUCAAAGCCUGUCUCUUCAGCUUGAUUGAAGAUGUAUUCUUAUCUAAGAGGGUCAAGGUUCCACAAGAAAUUCGCUUUUAUCUCCAGGAAGUUUUGCCAAACAGUAGUAAACAUAGAAUAGUCAGUGAAAUCAAACCGGGUUUUAUUUUGCACUUCGAAUGGAGACGGGGAUCGUACACAGGUAUGCAGAUAACAGCUGACGUGAUUCCUACUCUGCCCUUUGCCUAUCAUAACGAGGUUUCACUGAAUUACACCACCCAAUCGCGAGACGUCUUGUCAGGAAUGGAAGACUCGGAAGCUGCUUUGGAAACUAGUUUAUCCACACUGUAUCUAAUCCCAAAACCCAUCUCAAGGCAUGCUACACAUUCCUUUGAAAACGUAGUUUGGCGCAUCUCUACUUCCAAACUGGAAACGAAGAUCCUUCGAGGAGUAGCUGAGUGUAAGAGGAACACAUACAUUCUUGGAAAGGUCCUUCUACAACGCAGUGGACAAGUGCCUGAUACAGAUGGACUUGGAUCUUGUGCAUAUUAUGUACACACCUAUCUUUUGAAAACUGCAUUUCUGUAUGAACUGGCAAGAGUUCCAGCGGACGAAGAAUGGGAGAGAGGUAACGCCGUCACCAGGUUGUUGCAAAUAUUUGAACUCUUAAAGAAGAACAUCAAAUCUGGAUGUGUGAAUUCCUUCUUCUUCAAGGAAUACAAUCUUGUUGUCACUGAGAACACCGUAACCGAGAUAAAUGCUAGAAUUUGGUUAAUAGAUGCAAUACUGUUAUUUAUUUCUGGCAAAUAUGACUUGCAGCUGGAACAAAACGAACCCCGGAGUCUUGAAAAGAUGCUACAAGAUCAAGGACCAGAGUCUAUUUCCACCAGGGAGGUGAAUAAGUCACAAAGGCAAGAAUUGUCCAGCUCUUAG